AUGGACUUAUCAUAAAAGAAUCCUCCCAUCCGAGAAGUCAACUCGAACAGUGCAUCCAAAGGGUACUCCAGCAAUAAGUCUUAAUUCCAAUCCACCUUCAAAUAUCAAUAUCCAAUCGAGAAAAAGAAUGAGCAUGAAUAAUCAAUCAAUUCUGAGCAAUCUCUCUCCUCCAUCCAAGAAGUAAACCCCAGAAAUGAUAGAUCCCAAUAUGACGAAGAAUCUUAAAUGUUCAAUUACAACUAUGAUUAGAUCGUCAAUCAAAAUCAAAGAUUAGAAAGUCAAAAUAUUAGUCUUUAAGCUCCCAUCAAUCAACAAUAGAUCGAUCUACAAACCAUUCAAGACUAAGAACCCAUCUAAAAGGGCCCAAGCCCAAUCAAACAACAAUAACAAUAAUAAUAACUUUAGCCAUCUCGCUCACAAUCACAAGUCUUCUAGCCUUUCCAACCCUAUCAACAACAACAAAUAUCAGCCUCCAAAAGCAGAAUAGACAGAUCAUUCGAUGGAAUCUCCGUCUUUACUAAUGUCUCCAAAUAGCGAACAACUCCCAAUAGUCGCAAUAAGGCCAAUACCUUUUACUAUGAUAGAAUAGGGAAUCAAGUCAGCGAAAUUAUGCCCCCCAUGAUUGACAACUAUUUAACGUAUGUUCUCCUUCAAACAGCACUACCUUUAUUAAUAGUGUUCAUUCUAUAUGUCAUAAAUUACUUCUUACAGCGAGCAAUCGACCAAUUUUGCUACCUACCAGAAUAGUAUUGCACUUGCAAUGGUUUCGGAGCUAAACUAUGGUCCUGGGCUCGACAACUCAUAAUGUGGAAAUUAGGUUUGAUCGUAUAUCGAAAGUAGUUCUUAUGCAGAUUGGCUAUGGGCUCAAGCAAUUUGAAACAUAAAGAACCAGUUACAGAAUACAUUUUCUUGUUUUUGUUCACAAUUAUCUUUGAUUUCAUUCUCGUUAUCUGGAUAGAAAAUAAUUAGGACUAUGUUUAUGUGAUAUUAGUUUAUUGCAUAGGAGUUGUAGUCUUAUUGAAUACAUUUAGAGUAAAAGAUUGGGAUAUAGUUUUUAAAAAAGGGGCAGGAGUGUUUUUAUAUGACUUUGCUUUACUCAUUCUAAUGGUGUUCAUUUAUUAUGCUAUUCCUAAUGUUGUGGAAUCACUCCAAGAUCGCUAGGGUAGAAUAUCGGGAAUGCAGAGUUUCCUAUACCUUUAUCCCUUAUUCGAUUGGAUUAUGGAAAUGUUCAUGGAUUACAUUUACAACUAGAGUUAGUUUGCUGAAUUGUAUAUCUAUCAACUCCAAUUAAUUAUUCUUGGCAUGAAAAUAGGAAUUUUAAACAUUGUGGAUAUUUGGACAUUUGAGUUUUGGUACAAUAUUUUAUUGCUUGGAAUUAUGAGGGCUAACAAUUCCUCCAUGUUUCUUACAGUUUUUCUUAGAAGAUGGGUUUUCUACUUAAUUCCAGAUUUACAAUUCAUUACUAAAAUGAGUGAAACCAAGAAAUCCUUGAAGGGAAAACAUGGUGCUUAUUUAGAACAUCUAUUUUGGAUUGUUUUCUAUUACUUUUUCUAUUUAACCAAUUCUAGUGUGCCUUAUGUUGCUAAGAAAACGGUUUUUAUAAGCAAUUGUUAAUUUGACAAUGAGAUUUGGAACUUCACGAGAGAGUAUUAUUAACCAAUUGUUAUUUGGGGUUUGUUGCUCAUUGCUGAGAUUGCUGGAAUCAUGUUGAAUAAAUAGAAGUAUGAAAUGUUGUUUUGA